CGCCAUAUUGCGCGUGGCGGCGUCGCGCGCAGAGACGUCGCGGACACGGACCCGCGCCCAUCGCCCGCUCAUCGACGCUCCCGGCUCGGUCCGAUGGGUGUAACGCGCGCCGACCGGUAAGGGUGGGACCGCCGCGCGCGCUCUUGUGUGCUGCUGGUGGUGGUAGUGGUGGUAGUGGUGUUGUGGUGGCGGCGUGUAUGUGAGUGCCAUGCGGAGGGUGCCCACCGCGACCUGGUGACCGAUCGAUACACACACAAAUACACACCAACACACAGCGCAUUAACAUCAUCGAAUCCACUAAACGCGAGUGCAUAAACCCAGAAAAAGCAAACAGGAAUACCAGGAAUGAAUGGAUCCGCACCGGCCGCACCGGUAACGGGCACGUGCGCCGCGCAGCGUCUUCAUGGCCAUUGAUAAAGAUGUCCUGUAGCGUAAGCGAGCGUCUGCCUGAGAACCGUGCCGGCGCCGGGGGCGGCGGCUGCCGGCCGAAGGGCUCGAGCAACACCAGCCUCGCGACGCCACCCAACUCCAAGGGCGGCGGGCAGCAGGGCGCGGCCUCCGCCGGCGGCAAUGGCCCACUACGCCAGCGGCCGUGUCGACUCUGCUGGUGCUGUUGCUGUAGUUGUUGUUCGACUCCCGGAAAAGGCAGUGACGAAAACGGACCGACGAAAGUAAACUCAGAAGGGCCUAAUAUUGACGGAGAUCCACCUCCGUCGUUGGAGGAGAUACGAAGUUGGGGUCGGUCGUUCGACAAACUGAUGCGAAGUUCCGCUGGAAGGAAGGUGUUUCGCGAGUUCCUCAAAUGCGAAUACUCCGAGGAGAACAUCCUGUUCUGGCUGGCGUGCGAGGAGCUCAAGAAGGAGACCAGUCCUGAGGCCAUCGAGGAGAAAGCGAGGAUUAUCUACGAAGACUUUAUAUCGAUUCUUUCACCGAGAGAGGUGUCUUUGGAUUCUCGAGUCCGAGAAAUCGUGAAUCGCAACAUGGUGGAGCCAAUCCCAGCGACGUUCGACGAAGCCCAGCUGCAGAUCUACACCCUAAUGCAUCGCGACAGCUACCCGCGCUUCGUCAACUCGUCGAUGUACAAAUCACUGGUACAGCAGGCGGGGGGCGGCGACGCCGCCGACAGUGCAUCAAUGCUGCUCGACAACGACGGCGCGCACGGCUAACAGCCGCCCGCCAGCGCCCUCUCAGUGCUCCAAGUUUAAACAAACGAACAAGCAAACCAACCAGCCACCAACAACAACCACAAAACCGACUUAAUAACGACAACCAACAACAAACUUGUGCGAAUAAUUCAAUUGUUUUCUGGAUGCCCGCGGCCUAAGAAGACCCCACUUCUCAAAUUCAAUCGAAAACACGCCUAAACUCGGGUUGCAGUUGCAAUAAAUCGAUGUGUCUACGAGUGUAUAACGAUAAGCAAGCGCACAAUGGGAUGCACACACACGAGGAUGCGACCAGACAAUAACAAUCAGAGAACCAAAGAUGGCGUAUCGCUGCUACAGCACACCGAGAAAGCAAUAGAUGCAAAACUUAACAAAACACACAAAAUGCAAACAAACACCAAUUGAUUUAUCGAAAACAAAUGAACAAUGACCACAAACAUGGCGCUAAUGAUACACCACAACACAAAACACACAACACACAAAAUGUCUACCGCUCACACUUUAGAUUUUAAACAAAAAAGAAACAAAGCGUCGUGUAUACAGCGCCGCCUAGCGGCCGAAAGAGAAAAUGUUUAACCCCUAGCGUGGAAAACUAUUCAAAAACUAUCUCCACAAAUCAAAGCGGUGCGGGUUUGCGUUUGCGUACUGUAAUUAAUUAAAUUAAAUGGCGGAGAAAUGAACAAUAUUGAAUCUAGUCUUGUCUAGUGUACAAUCUAAUCGUAAGUAAUGUAAUUGUAGUCUCUCAAAACAAAAAAAAGUCUCAACACGCACGCAAAACAAACAAAAAAUAAUAAACGUAAAAUACAACUAAAGAUACGAUAUAUGUACAAUCUCUCCACACAAACGUGACAACCAACCAACCAAAACUAAAAACCGUAGCAUUUAAGUUUAUUUAUUGCCGACGAUGUGGAUGAUGAAGCAACCAAAAAUGCAAGAAUGCGCGCAAAUGAUGGUGGUGACUGGCCGCCAUAUUGAAUAUGUGUGUACAACAUAUAAUGUGUAGUUAAAUCGAGCGCAUAUCCGCACCCGGCCCUCAGCCCUUCGACAGGGGACGCGGCCUAGACCAAGAAUGUUACAGAAUUUAAGCGAAACAAGCAACAAAUUAUACAAUAUCACGCCCAUCGCGUCAUUUUCACGACCUUCUAUACCUCUUGUCACUCACCCCCACCCUUUCACACUUCUCUACGACCCUUAGCACCUGAGUAGUCUUUUGUUUGACUUUGACGUGCGGAGAAUAAGUGUAUGUACUUAAUUAGAUCGGCAUUUUUUUGUUUUGAUGCUGCAAGCCACGAGGACGAAGUGGUCGUUAGCAAUUCUCCUGUUUCCUUCUUUCCUAACCUCACACGUGAACUACUUACUUACUGCCGCCAUCCGCCGACUCAAACAAUAUAAUAACGAUGUGAUAUAUGAUACAUUUUGGCGGUGGCGGUGCGACCAUGCCGUUGUGCACACCUUUCACAUGCUUCUUCUUUACUUUACUUACUCCUUUUCCUUGUCUUUUGAUGAUGAUGAUGUUGAUGAUGAUGGCGGACACAUAUUGCACAUGUACUGCAUUUCUAAAGUAUACUUAAGCGAUGCGUAUGCGUAACAAUUUAUUGAUUUCUUUCUUCCCUGUCUACCUCUCUUUAUCUUGGACCUUUUGGUUUUCGUUUGAUGAACAACUGAGAAAUAUUAUGAUUCUGUUUAGUGCAGUAAUAAUAAUCGACACACUGUGAAUUAAUAUAAAAAUAAAAAAUAAAUAUGAAAUACAGCAAAAA